AUGAGAAACCACACUACGAUAACCACAUUCAUCCUUCUGGGACUAACAGAUGACUCUCAACUGCAGAUUCUGAUCUUUAUAUUUUUUCUUAUCACCUACAUGCUGAGUGUUUUGGGAAACCUGACCAUCAUCAUCCUCACUUUAGUGGAUUCUCACCUUAAAACUGCUAUGUAUUUUUUUCUCCGAAACUUUUCCUUCUUGGAAAUCUUGUUCACUUCUGCCUGCAUUCCUAGGUUCUUUUACAGUCUGGCCAAAAGUGACAAGACCAUUAGUUAUAGUGGUUGCAUGAGUCAACUAUUUUUUAUAGAUAUCUUUGGAAUUAUAGAAUUUUUCCUUCUGGCUGUCAUGUCCUAUGAUCGCUAUGCGGCCAUUUGCAAACCCCUGCAUUACAUGACCAUCAUGAGCCAUGAAGUCUGCAAAAGGCUUGUCUUCUGCUGUUGGCUAAUUGCAUUAAUUAUUUUAGUCCCACCGGUGUGUGUGAUCUUGGGACUAGAAUUUUGUGAAAAUAUUCUUGAUCACUUUUUCUGUGAUUUUAAACCCUUGUUGAAGAUCUCAUGCUCAGAUACAUGGCUCUUAGAGAACAUGGUCAUUUUCUGUUCUGUGUUGAUCUUUGUUGUGACGCUUCUGUGUGUGGUUCUGUCCUACAUGUUCAUCAUGAGAACAAUUCUAAGGUUCCCCUCUGCCCAGCAAAAGAUGAAAGCCUUUUCCACCUGUUCUUCCCACUUUAUUGUGGUUUCUAUUAGCUAUGGUAGCUGCAUCUUCAUAUAUAUCAAACCUUCAAUGGAAGAUGAAAUGAUCAUUAAUAAGGGAGUAGGAAUACUUGUUACUUCUGUUUCCCCCAUGUUAAACCCCUUUAUUUAUACUCUGAGGAACCAACAAGUGAAACAAGCCUUUAAUGACUUAUUCAAACGAAUUAUAUUGCUUUUUAAAUAA